UGUUUUCAGUCAAGGUUUGCUGGAGGUGCACCAAAAGCAAGCACGGAACUCGAACUUGCCAGCCAGCUGCAGUUCGUGGCGUGUCCAGCAGAGGGCGGCCAUGUCUCACAUCAACGCUACCGAGUUGACUUCCGUGUUGCUCUCCCUCUUGCAUCACUGCAUCAACAGAACCGCUCCUUCGCAGCUUCCCCCGCUCUCGCAGAACCACACCGGCAUCGGCACAUCACCGUGGGCGACUCGGGCCCAGUCCCAGACCCAGGCCGUGCUCUACAUCCUCGUGGUGCUCGGCAUGUUCAGCUUCUUCUCCUUCGGGGUCAUGCUCAGCUUCAUCCGCUCCAAGAAGCUGGAGAGCUCCCACGACCCGUACCACCUGUACAUCGCACACGACUGGACCCGGAAGAGGACACCGUGCACGGCCGCCCUGGGUCUGGCUCAGGGGGCAGCGGGGUCUGUGGUCAUCUGUAACCCAGCAACAGGGGAGGGGACGCCAGAACAAGAGCAGUAACACAUUUGGGCCGGGCUAGCGGUCAUUUACCUUGUUUUUACGUUUCUAGCUACUAAUACGUACAAGUUAGUCACACGCACAAACUGAUUUCCAUGAAAAUAACACGUGACGUUUUUGACUCGCGUUAGAGCAGAGUGGGUGCAGUGACCAUCUACGUCCAGCAGAUGGCGCUAGGGGGAGUGAGUUAUUGACGCACUUCCAAUACCGGACGUCAUGACCAUAAAAAAUAGUAAUUUCAGGAGCAACUUGCGUCGUAAGUUUGGGAAAAGUGUUUUUAAAUGUUACCCCCAAGGACUCGUGAAGGUCGGAAAUGAAUGAAAAGAAAAUUAUAUAAUGGCAUUGUACAGUGACACACUUUAUUACUGGCACAAGGAUAUGCUGAAAAUCAAAACACUACGGAGGAAAUAUGAGAAAAAUAAAGACAAAACACAACACAAGAUGUCACACUAAUACCAACAAUCUGCUUUGCACUUACAACGCACAGCUGUGUUUUAAUUAAUGAUACAAUAUAUCAAUCGCAUUUGCAUAAUAUCGGCCUACGUUGGAUUGUUUUUAAGCGUGUUCAAUAACUUCGAAAGGGCAAGCAGUGAUUCCCAGCUGCUGUGCUGCGGCACAUUAGUGUGUCAUGGGCGAUAUCCAAUUUCACUUCUGAAAAUUAUGAUUUAUUUUUACUACAAAUAACAUCAUUCCAGGACCCUCCCCCCAAAAAUUGAGUACUUACACGCCCAACUUUGUUUUUGUAAAUUUUCUUCUCGUAAUUAUUUUAUUCACACCAUUUCCGCAACCUAAUUUUCAAAAAAUUACAACCAAAGUUAUUUUGACUGUUGUUCAUAAUUACGACUUCGAAAAAAAAGUCUUUUAUAUUUCAACUUGAUGCUACUAAAAUUAUGUUAUUUUUCAUCCUAAUAUUACAAUGUUAUUCUCGUAAAAUGAUGACUUUUUCUCAUUAGAUUACAACUUUUUUCAGUUAAUAUUUUGACUUUAUUCUUGUAAAAUUAAUGCUGAUUUUUCUAUUUUUGC